GAGGCAGCGCGGAGCCGCCGCGGGCCGGGCCCAUCCCGCCGCAGCGGCCCGGGGGCCGAGCAGGGGCGAGGCGCGGAGGGAGCGGCGCCGAGCGGGGCCGGGAGCGCGGCCAGAAUGGUGCUAGAAGGAAACCCUGAAGUGGGGUCUCCCCGAACCUCAGACCUCGGGCACCCAGGGACCCAGAGCUCUUGUGUCCUCUCUUCUCCUGGUGAAGAUGCGCAGCCAGGCGAGGAGCCCAUCAAGUAUGGCGAACUCAUCGUCUUGGGGUCUAGUGCACUGUCACUAAGCCACAGCCGACCUCACGCUACAGAUGAGAAAACCAAGGCCAGGAGAGAGGAAGCGAUCUACAAUGGGUGUCUGGCAAGUGGGGACAAGGGCCGCCGGAGGAGCCGCCUGGCACUGAGCCGCCGGCCCCAUGCCAACGGGGUGAAGCCAGACGUCAUGCACCACAUCUCUACACCGCUCGUCUCCAAGGCACUGAGUAACCGUGGCCAGCACAGCAUCUCAUACACACUGUCCCGGAGCCACUCGGUCAUAGUUGAGUACACACACGACAGUGACACAGAUAUGUUCCAGAUCGGCCGCUCCACUGAGAACAUGAUCGACUUUGUGGUAACGGACACAUCGCCUGGAGGAGGGGCUGCUGAGGGCCCCUCUGCCCAGAGCACCAUCUCCCGCUAUGCCUGCCGCAUCCUCUGUGACCGCCGGCCGCCCUAUACUGCCCGCAUCUAUGCUGCUGGCUUUGAUGCCUCCAGCAACAUCUUCCUUGGAGAGCGGGCAGCCAAGUGGCGGACCCCCGACGGCCUGAUGGACGGCUUAACCACCAAUGGGGUCCUCGUGAUGCACCCAGCAGGCGGCUUCUCUGAGGACUCGGCCCCGGGUGUCUGGAGGGAGAUAUCAGUCUGUGGGAAUGUGUACACUCUGAGGGACAGCCGCUCGGCACAGCAGCGAGGGAAGCUGGUGGAAAACGAGUCUAAUGUGCUGCAGGACGGCUCCCUCAUUGACCUGUGUGGGGCCACGCUGCUGUGGCGCACGCCAGCCGGGCUGCUGAGGGCACCCACGCUGAAGCAGCUGGAGGCCCAGCGGCAGGAGGCGAACGCAGCACGGCCCCAGUGCCCUGUGGGCCUCAGCACCCUGGCCUUCCCCAGUCCAGCCCGUGGCCGCACUGCACCCGACAAGCAGCAGCCCUGGGUCUACGUCCGUUGUGGCCACGUCCACGGCUACCACGGCUGGGGCUGCAGGAGAGAGCGGGGCCCCCAGGAGCGUGAGUGUCCUCUCUGUCGCCUCGUGGGACCCUACGUCCCCCUGUGGCUUGGCCAGGAGGCCGGCCUCUGUCUGGACCCUGGACCACCCAGCCAUGCCUUUGCACCCUGCGGCCAUGUCUGCUCUGAGAAGACUGCCCGCUACUGGGCCCAGACACCACUGCCCCAUGGCACCCAUGCUUUCCAUGCUGCCUGCCCCUUUUGUGGGGCCUGGCUCACCGGCGAGCAUGGCUGUGUCCGCCUCAUUUUCCAGGGGCCACUGGACUAGGCUCUCCCGGGGCCCUGGCUGCCACGGCCCAGCUGCCCGGUCCCCCACCUUCUGCAGCCCAGAGGGAGCUCUGCAUGUGGGACUCUACCUGCUGGCACAUAGCACACCGGAUAGACGCGUUGGAUGGGCUCUGUUCCUCCCCUCUUUACUCCGGUCCCCCAGACCCCUCCCCCAGUCAUAAUGAUGGGGCCCUCAGCACCAGCUCUGUCCUGGGCUUCCCUGGGGUGUCCCACAUCAUGCCGCCUACACUGUGUCCCUGGGGGAGUGAAGGGGCCGUGGGCCCCUGACCCCCAGCUUAGGCUGGCUGUGCCCCGAGCCUGCCGACCCAGCUCCAGAUAUACUAACCCUGCCACUGCCCUGGGUUCCUCUAUAAACCUUGCUGCUCAGCUGCCCUCGCAAA